GUAGCCUCAGUUUAGAGGCCUUGAUAUAAAAAUCAGAGAUCCCAACAGUUUCUACUUGCUGACGCUGAGACUUCCUAGGGGUAGGCAAAAUGGCUUUUCAUUCUGUAUUUCUCGUUUUCUUAGCUGGCCUGGCAUUUGUCUCCGAAGCUGCACCACUGGACUCUGCUGACUCCAAGCAUCCUCUUUUUAUAAAAAUUCUGGAUUCAGUCCGAGGAAGUCCAGCUCCAAAUGUUCCAGUUAAGUUAUAUAAAGAAGCUGCAGAUGGAUCUUGGGAACUGUUAAACUCAAAACAAACCAAUGACAACGGCGGGCUCCAUGAACUCACUACUAAGGAACAAUUUGUAGCAGGGUUGUACAAGAUUGAGCUUGACACAGCCUCUUAUUGGAAGAGUCUGGGCUUGAACCCCUUCCAUCACCAUGCUGAUGUGGUGUUCACAGCUAAUGAUGGUAGUUAUCGACAUUAUUCCAUUGUUGUUCUCCUCAGUCCCUUUUCUUACUCAACUACAGCAGUAGUUAGUGAGCCAGUGGAGUAGAAGCAAAUAUUAAGGAUGGCAAUUUAGAGGUGUAAAUUAAAGAUUCCAUCAAUGGUAAGAACUUAGUUUCUAACUGUAUCAACAGCAAAUCACUUGUUUUCUCACUUUGUUAAUUUUAUGAGAAACAUGUAUUGAUUUUGCUUUCAAAUACUCUUCUGAAUAAAAGUAUUCUUUAUUUCUGUA